AUGACCCAGUCUAUUGAUAGGUUGCAUUCUACUGGUUCUUCUGAUGUUGUUUACACAGGAGACCAUGUUGAGACAUUCUCUACAUCCAGAGAGCAACAGCAGGAAGAUCACAGAGCUAAGAGAUCUCACCACUGCCCACAUUGUGAGGAGAUUUUCCCAAUUCUAUCAAAGCUUAAAUUACACCUAAAAAUACACACUGGGGAGAAUCUGUAUUCCUGUACUGACUGUGGGAAGAGCUUCACAACAUCAAGGGCUCUGAAACUUCAUCAGAGAGUGCACACUGGAGAGAAGCCUUACUACUGCUCGUACUGUGGGGAGAGUUACUCUCAACAGAGCAACUUCAAAAAACACCAACGUCUACACACAGGAGAGAAGCCUUACUCCUGCUGUGACUGUGGAAAAUGUUUUACAACAUCAUCUGAGCUAACAGUUCAUCAGAGAACACACACUGGAGAAAAGCCUUAUAUCUGCUCUGACUGUGGGAAGAGUUUCUCCCACCUGUGUAACUUUCAAGCACACCAACGUAUACAUACAGGAGAGAAGCCAUACUCCUGCUCUGACUGUGGGAAAAGUUUCUCCCGAUUGUAUACCUUAAAGUCACAUGGACGUACCCAUACAGGAAAGAAGCCUUACUCCUGUUCUGACUGUAGGAAGAGUUUUUCCCACCAGGGUAGCUUUAAAGCACACCAACGUAUACACACAGGAGAGAAGCCAUACUCUUGCUUUGACUGUGGGAAGAGUUUCUCUCAACAGAGCAACUUAAAAACACACCAACGUAUACACACAGGAGAGAAGCCUUACUACUGCUCUGACUGUGGGAAGAGUUUCUCUCAAGAGAGCAACUUAAAAACACACCAACGUAAACAUAAAGGAGAGAAGCCUUACUACUGCUCUGUCUGUGGGAAGAGUUUCUCUCAAGAGAGCAACUUAAAAACACACCAACGUAAACAUAAAGGAGAGAAGCCUUACUACUGCUCUGUCUGUGAGAAGAGUUUCUCUCUUCAGAACCAAUUAAAAACACACCAAUGUAUACAUAAAGGAGAGAAGCCUCGUCAGUUCUCUCAGACCAGCUGAGAUUUAAAUGCAGUGAUAGAGUGAUUUUAAUCUCAUUGCUUGACUUGGACUGAAAUAGGUGCCGGUACUUAUUUUGGGUGCCGGUACUGUUUUUAUUUAGCUUCCACAAAACUUUUGAGCUAAUCUAUAACAGGAACAGGAGCUCAAGCAGUAGAACAUUUGAGGGCCUGGUACUCCGCUCCGGUAAGUUCCUGCCCAAGUCAAGCGCCGGUACUCACAACAUGUAUCAGAUAGAGAUGGUGUGAUGACCACUUUUCACCACUAGUUUUGGGGGGAUUAUUUUACAAAUUUAUUUAAUGAUACACAGUUUAUGAAGUUAAUACAUGUGUUUUAUUAAUUGUCUUUAAAACUAGAUGAGUUAUUGUAGUUACUGAUCAUGAAUGUGUUUGGAUAAUUGCAUCCAGUGGCGUUACUAGUCCUGGGCUUUCGGGGCAAUAGCCCCUGAUGUUUUAGGCCCCAAACUUUGGAUGGUAAAAAAAAUAUAUACGGUGUAUCCGUAAAGUAUUCAGACCCCUUCCCUUUUUCAUAUU